AUGUCUGAAUUAGAUUCGCGCUUUAUUUCCACAGACAAUAUCAAUCGCACAAUUUUAUCCCACGAUGACCAGCUCCAGAAUGCCAGCCUUCGUGUUAAGUUAAAUGCUCACCGUGCUACAUUUGUUUUCUUGGUUAAAUGCAUUUACGGAAAAUUAUUCGAUCGCCGUCUCAAAGCUGCCCACUCCCUUGCUGAUGGUAUCUAUUGCAUUGAUGUUGAUGGAUUAGAAAUCACAGAAGAGAUGUUAAAGAAGAUUGAGGAAGAGAUGAAGAAGCUUAUUUCUGAAAACAAGUUCCUCGAGAACGUCACAAUCCCACGUAACGAAUUAAUCAAACUCUUUACAGCUAACAAGCUCGAUGAUAAGGUUGGAGUUCUUAAGGCCUGGGCUGUUGAUCCAGUUCCAUGUGUUCGCCUUGGCGAGUUCGUCGAUUACACCAUCGAGCCAAUGCUCACCGACUUAUCUCAGCUCUCUGUCUACGGCUUCCGCCUUUAUGCAAAUGGUAUCGUUCUUCGUAUGCCAACACUUACAUCAUCCGAAGCCCUUACAGACUGGCGUGAUCCAGCAGCUCAGCUUGAGAUGUUCCAGGAGUACACACAGUGGGCCAAGCUUAUCGGAGUUGAUACAGUUCCAAAGCUUAACGAAGCCAUCUUCGAGCGCAAGGUUUACGACUUGAAGUGGGUUUGCGAAGGUCUUCACCAGCGCAAACUUGCUCGUAUUGCACAGAAACUUGUUGAAGGAUUCCCAGGCAAGCGUGUCAUCACAAUUGCAGGUCCAUCAUCAUCAAACAAGACAACAUUCGCUAAGCGUCUUGCCAUCGCUCUUCGCGUUGUCGGCUACGACUCUAUUGUUAUUGAAAUGGACGAUUACUUUGUUGACCGCGAGAAGACACCAAAGGGUCCAGAUGGCAAGUACGACUUUGAGUGCAUUGGCGCUAUGAACGUCGAUGUUCUUGCUGAGAAUGUCCACAAAUUAAUUAAAGGUGAAACAAUUCUUCGCCGCAAGUACGAUUUCAAGCAAGGCAAGGGCAUCAACAUCGAAACAGAGAAGCAGACCCUUCCAGCUAACGCAUUCCUCAUCCUUGAAGGCAUUCACGGCUUGAAUCCAGAAUUACUUGGCCCAAUCGGUCGCAACAUGGUCACUCCAAUCUACGUUGCUCCACUUACUCCACUUGUUAUCGACAGCGGUCACCGCUUCCCAACAUCUGAUCUUCGUCUCAUCCGCCGCAUUAUCAGAGACCACAAGUACCGUGGCUAUUCUGCUCGUACAACAAUCCACAGAUGGACAUCAGUCAGAGUUGGCGAAGAGAAGAACAUCUUCCCAUACCAAGGCAAUGCAGAAAUGUUCUUCAACUCUUCAUUGGUUUACGAACUUCCUGUUCUUUCUAUCUACGGCCGCGCUUUACUCUCUGAGGCCACAAUUCCAGAAGAGCAUGAAGAUAUUAGAGAUCCACUCACUGCCGAAGUCACACAGGAGGCAAAGAGACUCCUCGGUAUGCUCAACUUGUUCUACCCAAUCCCUCUUGAAGAAGUUCCGCACAUCUCGUGCAUUCGCGAGUUUGUCGGUGGAUCUGACUUAAAGUACUAA